CGCACGUGUGAAAUUUAAGAAAAUAGUUAAAAUAGUAUCAAUAAUUAAAGAAAAAAUUAAUAAAUUACAAAAAGUGUUAAAGAAAUAGAUAAAAUAUGGCAGAACAUAAUCAAAAAACUAAAGGCUCAAAUACAUUUCGGUUCAAGAGUUUUGCCGAUCGUGUUAAUGAGAUUGAUCUAAGACGUUUGGCUUUAUAUCAUAUUGGCCAUGAAAAUGAAGAGCUGCCCGAAGAUAAUGAAACCUUUUUCCAUCAGACUUUAAAAAAAUGGAUGGUUUUAAAUUUAUCCGAGGAAUACUCGUUGUUUUCCAGAAAAGUCAUAAAAAUUGUAACGUUGCCCCAACUGUUGCAUAAAAAGGAUUUUGUGGUCGACUUACUUUUGGAAAAACUAGCCUGUGCUACAAACUUGUCACUGCAGCCUUUGCUGGAGCUACUUUAUGUGUUGGCUAGAGAUUUGCGAGAAGACUUUUAUCCCUAUUUCCAACGUGUUUUGGAUAGAUUAAUAUGUUUGCUCAAUACCCAAGAUGCUGACCAAUUGGAGUGGACUUUAGUGUGUUUGGCUUAUCUAUUUAAGGCCCUUAAGCCUUAUUUGAAACGCAAUAUUGGGGUUGUCUUCAAUUGUAUUCUACCCUUGCUGGAUGAGAGACGCUAUGAAGAACAUGUUACCAAUUUUGCCGUUGAAUGUUUUUCAUUUAUUGCUCGAGAUGUGCGUGAUUACGGCAAAUUCCUGGAGUUUAUAUUGGAAACUAUAGAGCGUGAACAAGUUGAUAGUGUGCAGGGCUGUGGGCGUUUAUUGUUCGAGAUAAUGCGCGGCGUAAAGGGACAUUUCCAUUCCAUUGCCGGAGACUUUUUGCAGUUUAUUUUCGAAUCUUUGGUGGAGGAUAAGAAGGUAAAACCACAACAGAGUCAGCUGUUGAAUGAUAUAGUGGAAUAUUGUGUUUUGCAAGUGCUAAAGUUUAUACAACCCCAACAAAUGUCUUUGUUUUGGCUAAAACUUUGCCAAGUCUCUGACAAUUGUCAAAAUUUGGCUAAAUUACAAAAUCUUUGCCGCAUUUUCCUGCAAGUAGUGGAAUUUAAAGAAUGCCGCUAUUUGUCGGAAAUGGAUGUAAUAGUUCCCUGUCUUUUGCAUGUGGUGGAUAAAUCUAUGAAAAAUAGCACGGCUUCGGAGGCUUUGAAAACUAGUACAGAAGUUAUAAGCUGUAUACUGUUGUCUGGUUCCUCGUUAGUUACCCAAUUGGAUACCAGCCGUCUGCUAAAGAAAUCAUUAAGCAUCAAGGAUAGAGAAAUAUAUGCAGAAUUUGUUAAACAAAUGACUUUACAUGUGCAAUUUGAGAUAUUCAUAUUACCCAGCUUGAUACAACACUUUGAGGAGUAUUUCGAUAAGCCAGCCUUUGAGCUUUUGACGGAGGUGAUUAUGAAAAAGCAGCCUUUACAAUUCAAUGCUGUAAAUCGUCAUCAGUGGCAGUCCAUGGAUAUUAAAGUAAAAUCCAAGGAAACCUUAACAAAAGUUGAGCAAAACCUUAAGAAAUUCAGUGUAAAUGCUGCACAGUUGGAGGAGCAAAUAUUGUUGCUUAUUAUAGCACCCCAUUUAAAGGGUUUGCAGCAGGAAAUUUUACAAAAACCUUUAAACAAUUUAAUAGAAAGAUUAAUAAAGACAUUGAAGACAACAGAGGCGGAUAAAAAAGAUGUUAAUUUAUUAUGUCUAGUAGUGGCCAUUUACCAGCAAUUAAAUUUUGUUUUAACAAAAGAACAUGUGUCCUCUUUAACGGAAAUAUUAAUACAACACUGUGACAAUUUACGUGCCCUGGGAGCCUUGAAUCUGUUAAUUUGUAACUACCCAAAACUGUUUAAAAAUCAUUCAGAUAUACGCUCAAGUUUAGCGCAACUUUUAUCACAUCAUGACCAUGAGAAACGACUGUUGGCCUCACAUUCGUUGUCUUUAAUGUUUAAACAACAAGAAAAUCAAACUCCCUAUAUAUUAUUCUACCAAGCAGAGUUAAUAAAGCCUACUGUCCAUAACUACAGAGAGCAGUUGUUAAUAUUGCAAAAAUUAGAAACCCAAGCCGAAUUAUUUAAACAAUUCAACGAGGAUUAUUACAAAGAGGAUUGUAUACGUUUUCUGUUGGGCUUACUCUAUCACAAUUUCAAGUUUGUUUGGGAGCCGGUGCUCAAGCUGCUAGAAGAUUAUGCCAAAGAAGUAGAUAGCUCUAAAUUUUGGUUGAUCUAUCAGGAAAAACUGCAAAGCACACAAGACAACAUAGAUUAUAACUCCAAAAAUAAGGAAGAUUUAAACGAAUCUAUACAAUGGGAUUCCCCUACCUUAAAUGAAGUAUUGUCACAACAAAUGGGUUUAAAUUUAAGCCAGCAACAGUUAUUGAACUAUAGAAACUUGCUAUGGCAACGUUUGCCGCAAUUUGGUAAAUUGGUAGUGCUGAAAAACCGAGAAUUGGUGGGCAUGUUUAUGAAAUUCGUGGACGAAGAGUAUAAAAUGCAAUUGGAGAGUAAAGAAAACUCUUGGGAUUUGUCUGUGAAAACGGAAAAUACUGUGGAUAUAGAUGAGUUGGAAGAAGAUAAUGAGGAACAGCAGCCGCAGCCAGAGGAGCAACAAAAACCCGCAUUUAAAAAGAAAUCCAAGUAUAAUACCAACAUUGACACGACCAAUGUUAAGUCCAUCUUGCAAACCCUGCAAACUAAACUUGCUGUCUUUGCAGCCCAUCAGAAUCCCCGUGCUUUAUAUAGAGAACCUGAAUUGUGGUGUUUGUAUAACCAGCUGUUAAAGGGUUCCAAUCAGCAAUUGCAAAAGGCAGCCUUAGACUGCAUUUUCUCCUACAAAUCCAAAGCCUUAAUACCCUACAAAGAGCUGCUGUAUAAUAUGCUGGAUGAAAAGAAAUUCAAAGAUGAAUUGAUUAACUUUAAGGUCGAAACUGUUUCCUUAGAACAUAGACAAGAAUUUAUGGAAAUUUUAUUGCGUUUACUCUAUGGCAAAAUGAUAACAAGAGGCACCCAAAAAGGUCUCAGUCCCCAGCAAAGGAAAUCUAUAAUUUUAAGAUUUUUGGCUCAAUGUACGCUAAAAGAAAUCGAAUGGUUUUUACAAAUGGCUUUUGGUCUGUACAAUGAUUUUUGCCAGGACUCUACAGAUAUUCUUAGCAUACCAGCCCUGGUAAAAGAGCAGUUCAAUAUAAACAGUGUUUGGUCGCCUAAAAAGCUACAAAGCGUGGUUAAUUUAUUGGAACUUAUACGCAAAGAAUUUGGUGGCAUUAUGGAGCCAAAGUUUCACUAUUACAUGCUGAAGUUGUUGGUGUUUAUAGGCAGUGUAUGCAAUGAGGUGUUUUUGUUAGAUGCUGCCCUAAUACAUCCCAAAAUGCCAGUGGUAUUUAGAAAUCUUAAACACAAUGCCUUGCAAAGUCUUUACAACUUUUUCGAACACAUAGAGGAAUUCGAUUGGUCGCCGGAAUUGAUAAAAUGCCUAAGUGAAGUUUAUGUUUAUCCAGCAUUGGAAAAAUUGCCUUUGGAAAGUAUACACACACCCACAGUUUUGCUAAAACUUUUACUGUUGUGGGGUGAGAAGCCCAAACACUUUGGUUUCUUAAAUCAAAAACCUAGCGGCAAAACCGAAAACAUAUUUCAUUUUGUUAUUUCUCUGCUGUUGAAUGAAAAAUCCAAGGCUUUGGUGCGCAAACCCAUAAUGGCCUUAAUCGAACGUUUGCUGGUGGCCUCAGAGAAUGAAUUGGAAUAUGCCGAGCAGGGCCUACAGCUGGUUAAACCUUAUAUACCCGACUUGUUGCAGCGUCUUAAAAUGAAUUUCUCGACUAAAAGCUCCAAACAACAAUUGGACAAACGUGAUUUGAAUGUUUUGUCCAUGCUUACCAAACAUGUAACUGAACCAGAAACCUGUGACAGUCUUCUACAAUUGCUAUUACCCAUUCUUAUAGCCAAAACACAAACUCAAUCAUCCACUGAAGUUGUCUCUCAAGUUAUAACCACUCUCUCGAAUCUUAUUAAGAGAUUAGAUAAACCUGAGUUGUACAUACGUAAAAUUGCUCCCCUAUUCGAGCAGGUGCAAGAGGUUUGUGCCCGCAAACAGCUGUGUGAUUUAAUUGCCGAUAUAGCCAGAAUCAAGCAUAAACAAAAUCCUUCUGCUAACGAUACACAGCAAUUGAAAACCUUGGCCAGAAUUGUGUUGCUGCUUAAUGCCUGGGAUAAACGCUGGGUGGAGCAGCCAGAUUAUGAGAAACGUUUGGAUGCCUUCAAAGAGAUCAAACAACAAACCGAGAGCGAGCAAGGCGUUAAUCUCGAUUUGGGUAUCUUGGUUAUAUACAAUUGUUUCUAUUUCCUAAGGUAUGACAAGGAUAUGGGUUUGCGUGAUAAUGCCAGCGAGAUUUUAAAAAUUUUGCUACCCCAUUUGGCUAAGAAAUAUGCCGACGAUAAGAUCAAUAUUGAUUAUUUGGUGGGAGAUGUUUUCAUAAAUCUCAUUAGACGUGUCAUAAAGGACUCACAUGAAAAUGUGCGCAACGAAGGCAUACGGCUGCUGGGAGAAAUGGCGCGUGAGUGUCCCGAAACACAUGAAGUUUUACAAGAUCUUCAUGGUUUGGGUGAUAAACUGGAUGCUGAAGUGGAUUUCUUUGAGAAUAUGAUACAUCUGCAGUCACAUCGUCAUGGUAGAGCCUUGCUGAAGUUCAAUUCCUAUGCAGCCUCUUUGGACAAGCCGCCAUGUGUUAAAACUCUAACACAAUUUAUUCUACCAUUGGCUUCCCGCUAUUUACUGCAAGAACAACAUGCCAGCAAACAUACUUUGGUUGAUGCUGCCAUUGAAACGGUGGGUAUAGUGUGUCAACUAUUACCCUGGCAACAUUAUCACUCCAUAUUGCGUUAUUAUCUAAUGAAAAUGCGCUAUCAAAAUGACUAUCAAAAACAAUGUGUGCGCAUUGUGGUUAGAAUCUUAGAUGCCUUCCACUAUGAUUUGUCGUUGGCCCAAAACGAUAAACAAACUUUGGAGAAACUUAAAACAGUUAUUAAAGAAAAGUCCCAAGAACUGUAUGGUGAAAUUAAAGAAACAAAAACGUUAGAAAACCAGAAAAUUAAACAAGAAAAUGAUGAAGAUGUAGAUGAGGCAAAAACUACACCUAAUGAAGAGGAAACUUUAGAGCAAGCCUUAGAAAAUGAAGAAGAUGAGGAGGAUUUGGAAACUGAAGAGCCUGCAAAGCCUGUUGUUAAACUGGAGCCUUGUUUGCAUAAAAUUACUGUUUUACCGGUUAAUGCCUCUAAAAAAGUAUUAACCACAAUAACCACAAUUUUGAUACCCACCUUAAAUCGCUCCAUAACGGACAAAUCCUCGUAUGAUAAUAAACACAAAGUGAAUCGUAAACGUUUAAGUAUUGAGCGUGAGGAAGAGGAAAUCUUAAGGGUGCCCAUAGGUCUGGCUUUGGUAAAAUUGAUGCAAAAACUACCGCAGGAAUUACUGGAUACAAGUUUGCCAGGUGUAUUUAUGAAAGUCUGCACAUUUUUGCGUUCCCCCUUAAAGUCUGUGCGCAUGUUGACCCGUGAUAUACUUAAGAAGAUCAUGCUGUGUCUGGGCUCUAAAUAUCUGCCCAUGUUAAUGGAUCAUUUGCAAAAUCUUCUCACAAGAGGUUUUCAGGUGCAUGUGCUCUCUGUCACCGUACAUGGAGUAUUAGAUGCUUUGCGCGAUUGUUUGCAGCCCACUGACAUUGAAGCCUGUCUACACAAUCUCCUGGAAGUGGCCUUAAAUGACAUUUUCGGCGAAAUCAGUGCUGAAAAAGACAUAGACAAGUUAACCGCUCAUACACCGGAGGCCAAGCCAAGUGCUAAAAGUUUCCUGGUCCUACACAUAAUAUCACGCAAUAUACGCGAGAUUUGUCUAUUAGAUUUGCUAAUGCCUUUUAAGGAUCACUUGGCCAAAUCGAAAUCGCGCAAACUUACCCUCAAGAUACAAGAAGCGUUUGCAAAAAUUGUCAAUGGUUUGGUGGAAAAUCAGCAUAUAUCUCGAGAGAGUUUGUUGAUCUUUAUAUAUGGCACCAUGUCGGAGAGUAUAACGGAUCUAUUGCCGGGCAUACAACGGAGAGUGUUGAGCGAACAGGAAAAGGAGAAAAUGAGAAGAGCCAGACCGGACUGUUUUAUUAUACAACCAGCGCCGCGCAAUAGAUCGGGGGCGGUAAAUAAACAGGUGAAAACAAAUGCCCAGGCCAAUGCUCACAUCCUAAUAGAAUUUGGUUUGGAGAUGUUGCACAUAGUGUUGAAACGUAAGAAGUUAGUGGAUGUAGACUACCCGCCCUUCCUAAAUCCCAUACUGCCUUUACUCAAAGACUCUCUGAAAAGUACUCACAUUAGAGUAACCACAUUUGCCUUGAAAUGUUUUGCCACCUUGUGGGUGGAAGAAUAUAAAUUGAUCAAUAUGCAGGAACCUGAAUAUAUUAAAGGUGUGGUGGAGAGAAUGUUUGAAAUUCUCAAGAAUUUCUCUACUUUUGGGGCCUCAAAACAAGAAGACAAUUUCCAAUUAAUGAAAUCGGCCUUUAAAGCCAUUGUUGCUUUGCUACGCAAAUGUGAGUACUACGAUCUCACAGAGGAGCAAAUAGAUGAAUUGAUUUUGUAUAUAGAACAGGAUUUACAUGAUGGCGAAAAUCAAAACAUGACUUUCAACCUACUCAAGGCCAUGUUAACGCGUAAAAUUGAAUCCAAAGCCAUGCAUGAUAUCAUGAAGAGGAUAGGAGACAUGUCCAUUACCUCACACUCGGAUUUUGUAAGAGACGAAGCCAGAAAUCUGCUAACAACAUAUGUUAUGGAAUAUCCGCUGCAUAAAAGGGUGGAUCAAAUUGUAAAAUUCUUUACCGUGCAAUUGUGUUAUUCUUUAUCCUCUGGUCGUUUGUCGGCUAUAGAAUUCUUAUGCACCAUUAUCAAAAAGUUCCCCUUGUCUAUAUUGUCCAAAAAAUCCGAGUUUUUGUAUCUUUCCUUGGGUUCACGUUUGGUUAACGAUGAGGAACCGGAAUGUCGCAAGGCCGUAGCCAAUUGUAUAGAAAUUCUAAUCACUAGAUUGGAAAAGGUAGAUCGCCAACACUUAUUCGAUAUGACGCUAUUAUUUUUCAAUGCUGAAAAUAAACCCUCUGUAAGGGAAAUGGCAGCGGCUUUAUGUUCAAGAUUCUUAAUUGCCGAGAAACAGUCUUUCGCUCCUAGAAUAAAGCUGGUUUUGCCCACUUUAAUAGGCAGAUUAACUACAAAUGCUACCAAACCAGGCAGAUUUGUUAGAGCUCCGAAUGCCUCAAAUACUUUAGAGGAAGUAGAAACUGAUGGGCGCCAAAAUAAAAAGUCUAAAAAGGGUCCCAAAAAUCCCCGCAUUAAUUUACAACAUGAGGUACAAAGUAUCUUGCAUGCAGAUGUCGAGCAAGAUGAAGAGAUUUUGGCACACAUACAAAAAGCUUUGGAUCAUGAAAUUAUACAAAUGCAAUAUUGUUUAUUGAAAAUUUUCGACUACUGCUCUGCCGAAUUAUUUAAAAACGAAGAGCUCAGCAAUAUGAUGGACGAAUUGGCCUAUGAAUCGCAACGCCUAUUGGCGCAUGAGCAUAAUUGGGUGCGUUGCAAUGCGGCCAAAAUUAUUAGCCACAUUUUAAGUGGUCUCGAUUUCCCUCUAAUUGGUCGAAAAUUGUCCCAGAUUGUUAGUGAAGAGGAUGAGGCACAAAGAAUAAAAAUGGAUUUUAUUUACUUGAAUCCAGAAUAUGAUAUUAAAUCAUUGGUAUUGGAUUUAUGUGCCCAAAUGAUGCCGGGCAAUACGGCCCAGCCCAUGAUCGAUGAAAUGGUGAAAAUAUUCCUUUAUAUAGCCACUAUGCUAAGGGAUGUACCGUUUAAAGUUAAGCGUGAGGUGGAAGAUGAAGAGGAACCGCAAGAAGAUCACAAAGAAUCCUUAACCAAAAUCAAUCUUAAUUGGUUAAUGAAAAAUAUAAGAUUUCUGAUAAACAAAGAGGUGGCUAAAGCUCCGCAUAGCACUAGUAUGCGUACAGCUUUAUUCACACUCAUCGAGGCCCUAAUUACAUUACUAACCGUAGAGACUUUAGAAUUGUUGGGUCCCUCCCUACUAUCCGCACUAGUAAGAGAAAUGUCAGAAGAAGAUCAAAAUAUUGAUGCAGAGUUACGUCAGCUAGCGCUACGUGUUGGCAGCCGUUUACGUAAACGUAUGGGUUCAGAUGUUUACGACAAAAUACGGGCCGCAUCUCAAAUGAAAUUAAUGAUUCGCCGGGCCGAACGCAAAAAGCUUAUAGCUCAGGAGAAAAUUCACGAUCCGGUAAGGGCUGCCAAACGUAAGGUUGCCGUACAGGAACGUAAGAAAUCGGCUAAGAAAUUGAAAGCCAGCGUUAUACGCGGCAAAACGGCUGAUGUCAAACAAAAGCUAAAGAAGAGGAAACGUAAAGCUGAAGAUGAUUUGUUUUAGUUUAGUUGUAAGUUGUAAAUUACAUACACAUAAUGAAAUUUAUUUCGUUAAUCAUAAAAUACAGUUGUUUUUAAAAUAUACUUAUAAAACAUAUUAAAAA